ACCAUCGGCGCUUUUGAUGGUCCCCAAUGGCCGUACUUUGCCCCGAAGAGCACCUACAUGGCAGUGGCCACGCUGAUGGGUUUGGUGGUCUUCCUGGCCUCCUUUGUGAACGGUCUGGUCAUCCUGGUGUCCAUCAAGUACAAGAAACUUCGCUCUCCCCUCAACUACAUCCUGGUAAACCUGGCCGUGGCCAACCUGAUGGUCACUUUCUUUGGCAGCACGAUCAGCUUCUCCAACAACCUCAACGGUUACUUCACCCUGGGGGAGACCGUAUGUCAGUUCGAAGGCUUCAUGGUGUCUCUGACAGGUAUUGUGGGACUGUGGUCACUGGCCAUCCUGGCUUUCGAACGGUACAUCGUCAUCUGCAAACCCAUGGGUGACUUCCGCUUCCAACAGCGGCAUGCGGUCUGGGGCUGCCUCUUCACCUGGCUCUGGUCGUUGGUCUGGACUGCCCCACCUCUGUUCGGAUGGUGCAGCUAUGUUCCCGAGGGACUGCGGACAUCUUGUGGACCGAACUGGUACACCGGUGGGACCAACAACAACAGCUACGUGGUCGUCCUGUUCGUCACCUGCUUCAUGAUGCCCCUGAGCCUGAUCAUCUUCUCCUACGCCAGCCUGUUGGUGGUCCUCCGAGCCAUCGCUCAGCAGCAGAAGGAUAGCCAGACCACACAGCGAGCCGAGCGAGAGGUGACCCGCAUGGUGAUUGCCAUGGUGAUGGCCUUCCUAGUCUGCUGGCUGCCCUAUGCCAGCUUUGCCAUGGUGGUUGCUGUUAACAAGGACAUUGUGAUUCAGCCCACUCUGGCCUCCAUGCCUUCCUAUUUCUCAAAGACUGCCACCAUCUACAACCCCGUCAUCUAUGUCUUCAUGAACAAACAGUUCCGGAACUGCCUGCUGACCACUGUGUGUUGCGGCCGCAACCCGUUUGCCGGGGAUGAAGAGACGACCUCCAGCUCCACUGCAGGGAGUCACACCGAGACCAUCACCCUCUCUGAAGGGGGUGGCAACAGAGUCUCACCAGCCUGA